AUGUCCACGCCACCAGCUCCUGUUCCGCCGGCCGGGUCCUCCGCUCCAGCGCCAGACGCAUCCCACUCAUUUCUGGUGCCGCCAGGAUCGUCGUCGGCCGCGGCAACCGGGCCGUCCACCGCACCGGCUUCCAGCCCUCCUGGUCUUUCUGGUGCCAGUGCGCCGGCCGUUGAGUCGUUGUGCGCGUCGUUGACUCGGUCGGCCUCGGAGUGCGCCUUGUUGUCGGCCAGCCUGGACAGUGCUCGGGCGGCCGUCCAAUCCACCCUGGUCACGGCAAGAUCCCUUCUGGGUGACGGCGGUCCAGGUUCCACUCUCCGUGCCAUCCAAGAAUUUGUCUCGGCCAAAGAGGCCGCCGAGAAGCUCCUGGCCCGAGUGCAGGCCGACCUGGUGGAGCGCGAGACCGACCUGGUCGUCGAGCGCAACUCCCGUGUUGCGGCAGAGGCGUACGUGGCCGCCCUCCGGGAUCAGCUGGACACCGAGACUCGUCGCGCGGCGGAGACCAUUGGUCAGCUGCGUGGCGAGUUGGCGGUUGUCAGCAACGAAGUCGUGGGGUGGUCCAAGCGUUUCCAGACUGUCGACGCGACGGAGGCCUCCCUUCGGGCAUUCAUCGCGUCUCUGAAGGACUAG